AUGACCAAGUCCUACAGCGAGAGCGGGCUGAUGGGCGAGCACCAGCCCCAGGGGCCCCCGAGCUGGACGGACGAGUGCCUCAGCUCCCAGGACGAGGAGCACGAGGUGGACAAGAAGGAGGAGGACCUGGAGGGUCUGCACGCCGAGGCUGAGGAGGACUCGCUGCGGAACGGCGAGGAAGAGGACGAGGAGGACGACUUGGACGAGGAAGAGGAAGAAGAGGAGGAGGAGGACGACGACGACCAGAAGCCCAAGCGGCGGGGCCCCAAGAAGAAGAAGAUGACCAAAGCGCGCAUGGAGCGAUUCAAGCUGCGGCGCAUGAAGGCCAACGCCCGGGAGCGCAACCGCAUGCACGGCCUGAACGCGGCCCUGGACAACCUGCGGAAAGUGGUGCCCUGCUACUCCAAGACGCAGAAGCUCUCCAAGAUCGAGACCCUGCGCCUGGCCAAGAACUACAUUUGGGCGCUGUCCGAGAUCCUACGCUCGGGCAAGAGCCCCGACCUGGUGUCCUUCGUGCAGACCCUCUGCAAGGGCCUGUCGCAGCCCACCACUAACUUGGUGGCAGGCUGCCUGCAGCUCAACCCGCGGACCUUCCUGCCGGAGCAGAGCCCGGAGGUGCCGCCCCACGUGGCGGCGGGGGCGGCGGGCGGUCCCUUCCCGGCUCACCCUUACCCCUACCAGUCGCCGGGGCUCCCUAGCCCGCCCUACGGCACCAUGGACAGCUCCCACCUCUUCCACCUCAAGCCGCCGCACGCCUACGGCGCCGCGCUCGAACCCUUCUUCGAGAGCGGCCUGGCGGAGGGCGCCGGCCCCGCCUUCGACGGGCCGCUCAGCCCGCCCCUCAGCGUCAACGGCAACUUCGCCUUCAAGCACGAGCCGCCCGCCGACUUCGACAAGGGCUACGCCUUCACCAUGCACUACCCCGCCGCCGCCGCCGCCGCGCUGGCCACCGCCCCCGCCCACGCCGCCAUCUUCCCGGCUGCCGCCUCCCGCUGCGACAUCCCGGUCGACGGCCUGGCGCCCUACGAGGGUCACCCGCACCACGAGCGGGUCCUCAGCGCCCAGCUCAACGCCAUCUUCCACGACUGA